AGCCUGGGGCCCAAGCGGCAGAGUCAUAUUUUCCAGGGCCCGUUAAGAGUGGCAUUGAAUCUCACUUUUGUCUUUUGCAAUGCCGGCUGUCACCAUUGCCUUCAAAUAUGAAGAGCAGGAGUGGACACACAAAUUUGACAUGGAUGUGAAUGCGUCCAUUUUGGAUUUGAAAAGAACGAUGACCUCGUCGGCUCCGGAACAUGCUGCAUGGUUUGAGCUGCGAAAGGAUGGCUUGGCUGUGAAGAGUUCAGACUCAGUAGAUCCGCAGGUGAUCUAUGACUUCGAGUACCUUGGCCCCGACGCCCACGAGCCCGCCGGCAAUGGCUUGACGAAUGGCCAUAGCACCGAGGCCGUGAUUCACGAGGACGCUGAAAGUCCUGCCAAUGACUCCACGUCAGCUCCAGCUGUUCCAGCUGUGCCGCGCUGGAGAAUCACUGGAGGAGCUGAUAAAGGCGGAAUCAUCGUGCGACAGUCGGAAUCGUUGAAAUCGCCAGAACUGGGUCGAGUCUCCACCGGAGCCAUUGUUGAAGAAGUGGCCCGGGUGGGCGAGCGACUCUGCUACAGGCUAGAAGAAGGAAGUGGACCUGCCAAGGGAUGGGUGAGCAUUCGGGUCUCUGGGAAGGAACUCGUUGAAAAGUUGGCGUAGACUCUGAGUCUCCACGCGCCUUGGCGGUUCAGAGGGCUGUGGUGCCCUGGAACUUCGGGGAAGAUGACCGAAGUUCAGUUAAUGAAGAGCCAGAAUCAGCACACUGCUUUGAAGCUCUUCGACACUUGGAGAUGUCGCAACCGAAAC